AUGGGCGCGGCGGCCGUGCGCUGGCACUUGUGUGUGCUGCUCGCCCUGGGCGCGCGCGGGCGGCUGGCGGGGGGCAGCGGGCUCCCAGGGGCCGUCGACGUGGACGAGUGCUCGGAGGGCACGGACGACUGCCACAUCGAUGCCAUCUGCCAGAACACGCCCAAGUCCUACAAAUGCCUCUGCAAGCCAGGCUACAAGGGGGAAGGCCGGCAGUGCGAAGACAUCGACGAGUGUGAGAAUGACUUCUACAAUGGGGGCUGCGUCCACGAGUGCAUCAACAUCCCGGGGAACUACAGGUGCACCUGCUUUGACGGCUUCAUGCUGGCACACGACGGACACAACUGCCUGGAUGUGGACGAGUGUCAGGACAACAAUGGCGGCUGCCAGCAGAUCUGCGUCAACGCCAUGGGCAGCUACGAGUGUCAGUGCCACAGCGGCUUUUUCCUCAGUGACAACCAGCACACCUGCAUCCACCGCUCCAACGAGGGUAUGAACUGCAUGAACAAAGACCAUGGCUGUGCCCACAUCUGCCGGGAGACGCCCAAAGGUGGGGUGGCCUGCGACUGCAGGCCCGGCUUUGACCUUGCCCAGAACCAGAAGGACUGCACACUAACCUGUAACUAUGGAAACGGAGGCUGCCAGCACAGCUGUGAGGACACGGACACGGGCCCCACGUGCGGCUGCCACCAGAAGUACGCCCUCCACUCAGACGGUCGGACAUGCAUUGAAAAGGAUGAGGCUGCAAUUGAGCGCUCUCAGUUCAAUGCCACGUCAGUAGCUGAUGUGGACAAGCGGGUGAAACGGCGGCUCCUCAUGGAGACAUGUGCAGUGAACAACGGAGGCUGUGACCGGACAUGCAAGGACACGGCCACCGGCGUGCGCUGCAGCUGUCCGGUGGGAUUCACGCUGCAGUCGGACGGGAAGACGUGCAAAGACAUCAAUGAGUGCCUGGUCAACAACGGGGGCUGCGACCACUUCUGCCGGAACACCGUGGGCAGCUUCGAGUGCGGCUGCCGGAAGGGCUACAAGCUGCUGACUGACGAGCGGACGUGCCAAGACAUCGACGAGUGCUCCUUCGAGCGGACCUGUGACCACACCUGCAUCAACUCCCCGGGCAGCUUCCAGUGUCUCUGCCACCGCGGCUACACGCUCUACGGGACCACCCACUGCGGAGAUGUGGACGAGUGCAGCAUGAACAACGGCAGCUGCGACCAGGGCUGUGUCAACACCAAGGGCGGCUACGAGUGCGUCUGCCCCCCGGGGAGGCGCCUGCACUGGAACCGCAAGGACUGUGUGGAGACGGGCAGGUGCCUCUCCCGGGCCAAGGCCUCACCCCCGGCCCAGCUGUCCUGCGGCAAGGUGGGCGGCGUGGAGAGCUGCUCCCUUUCCUGCCCCGGCCACACACUCUUCACGCCAGACUCGGACAACAGCUACAGCCUGAGCUGCGGUGUCCCCAGCCUCCAGGGCAAGGUGCUCCCGAAACGCAACGGCACUAGCUCCAGCGCCGGGCCUAGCUGCUCAGGUGCCCCCGCCACCCGCAUCAGGCAGAAGGCGCGCUUCAAGAUCCGAGACGCCAAGUGCCACCUCCGGCCCCGAAGCCGGGAGCCAGCCAAGGAGGCCCCGAGGCAGCUGCUGCUGGAAAACUGCCACAUGACCUUUGUGACCCUCAAGUGUGACUCCUCCAAGAAGAGGCGCCGUGGCCGGAAGUCCCCAUCCAAGGAGGUGACCCACAUCACGGCCGAGUUCGAGGUGGAGACAAAGGUGGAAGAGGCCUCAGACACCUGCGAGGCCGACUGCGUGCGGAGGCGAGUGGAGCAGAGCCUGCAGGCCGCCGUCAAGACCCUGCGGAAGUCCAUGAGCCGCCAGCUCUUCUCCGUGCAGGUCGCGGGCACCGAGUACGAGCUGGCCCAGCGGCCGGCCAAGGCCCCGGAGGGCCCGGGAGCGUGCGGCCCCGGCCACGCGCUGCAGGACGGCAAAUGCGUGGCCUGUGGGCCUGGCACCUACUUCAGUGGGGAGCCCGGCCAGUGUGUGCCAUGCCCGCCGGGGACCUACCAGGACGGGGUCGGCCAGCUCAGCUGCACACCGUGCCCCAGCAGCGACGGGCUGGGCCUGGCUGGUGCCCGCAACGUGUCCGAGUGCGGAGGCCAGUGCUCUCCAGGGUCCUUCUCCACCGACGGCUUCAGGCCCUGCCAGGCCUGCCCCGUGGGCACCUACCAGCCUGAACCUGGGCGCACAGGCUGCUUCCCCUGCGGAGGGGGCCUGCUCACCAAGCACGAGGGCACCACCUCCUUCCAAGACUGUGAGGCCAAAGUGCAUUGCUCCCCCGGCCACCACUACAACACCACCACCCACCGCUGCAUCCGCUGCCCCGUCGGCACCUACCAGCCCGAGUUCGGCCAGAACCACUGCAUCACCUGUCCGGGCAACACCAGCACGGACUUCGACGGUUCCACCAACGUCACACACUGCAAAAACCAGCACUGUGGCGGCGAGCUCGGUGACUACACGGGCUACAUCGAGUCCCCCAACUACCCCGGCGACUACCCGGCCAACGCCGAGUGCGUGUGGCACAUCUCACCGCCCCCCAAGCGCCGGAUCCUCGUCGUGGUCCCCGAGAUCUUCCUGCCCAUCGAGGACGAGUGUGGCGACGUCCUGGUCAUGAGGAAGAGCGCCUCACCCACAUCCAUCACCACCUAUGAGACCUGCCAGACCUACGAGAGGCCCAUCGCCUUCACCUCCCGCUCCCGGAAGCUCUGGAUCCAGUUCAAAUCCAAUGAAGGCAACAGCGGCAAAGGGUUCCAAGUGCCCUACGUCACCUACGACGAGGACUACCAGCAGCUGAUCGAAGACAUCGUCCGUGACGGACGGCUCUAUGCCUCGGAGAAUCACCAGGAAAUUUUGAAAGACAAGAAGCUGAUCAAGGCCCUCUUCGACGUGUUGGCACACCCCCAGAACUACUUCAAGUACACAGCCCAGGAGUCCAAGGAGAUGUUUCCUCGCUCCUUCAUCAAACUGCUGCGCUCCAAGGUGUCCCGCUUCCUGCGGCCCUACAAGUAACGCGGGGACGGCGGCCCUGCUUGGGUGCCGGCUGCCCGGGGAGGAGAGAGCCCUUCCACAGUCGAAGCCGAAGGCGGAUCCGCGGGCCCCCCACACUGCUUGGGAACCGCCGACCAGCCCGUGGAUGGCGAGACCACGUCCAGGCCAAGACCCCAGCCCAGCUGCCCUCCUCCGACGCCGCCCCGGUGGGAGAACGUUGCUCAAGGCAGCCUUUCUGGCUCCCUCCCUCGCUCUGCCUGUUCCGGUCCAGAACUCUGAGCGCGCCUGCUGCUCCCCGGCCGGUCCCAGGGGACGCCCGCCGGGCCGGGACCUUGGCCACCAGCUGGGCAGCACGUGUGCCCUCUGCCUGGGGGAGGGAGGGGCUGUGGCUGCCAUGUCUCAGGGAGGUGCUCAGAGGCGGAACCCGGGACGGGAGGCCAGGCCGUGGAAGGAGGGGUGCGUGAAGGCUCGGCUGGGGGCUCCGAUAAGCCGGGCUCGGUGCCUGCAGAGCGUCACACCCGCAGGCAUGUCUGGGUCACAGGGCCCAGGCCCCAAGUGAGUGUGUUGUCGGGGUCUCAGGAUUCUCUGAUGGGACUGGACAGAGGAGCUAGGAGGGGAGAGUGUGGAUUGGUGCCUCCCCAGGACAGAGCAUCUGACUGAGCACUAUGUGUGUGUAAAUAUAAAUACAAAGAUAUAUAUACUUCUA